CGACCUUCAUGUGGUGCUGCUGCACAAUACUUUUGAACACUCUAGAGCAUCUUCUCAAAAAUCCCUGUGACGUGCACCUUGCAUCAUUGUACUGGGGAAUAUGGGGGUGGCUUCGUGUUCGCGGAUAUAUAGGACCAGGUGGCCUGACACAUUUCGACAAAACUGGGCGAGCUAUUAUGGCCUCAGAAUAUGCCAACCUCGAGCCUCGAGCUGCUACUGAUCAUCAAUGAUCCUUACCACUGUUGAUCCUAAGCGACACGACAAAAGAGUGUGCCUUUUUAAGCUGAACUGAUCGGUGGCUUGUCACGCGCCUCAGAUAACUAUCAUCGGCAUCAUCCUUACUAAGCAACAACCGAAAAAUGUCUCUGCAGAGCCGCGAUGAUGCCCCCAAGACGCCUGAGAGGGGACACCGGACCGAUCCUGCGCAGUGUCCUACAGCUACGAAGGGCCAAGAUGGAGCGCCGACGAAUACAACGAGCCAAGAAACACAAAUACAUACCGAGAGCCAGCGACCGGGAACCGUCUAUCCCAACGGGGCGGACGUCUCCCAAGUUCCUGAGGAACAAUCGGACUCCAUCGGGUUCGGAUUCGAUCCAUACGAGCCCGCGGGAGAGUUCCAUGCUAAUUAACACUCUCUCGCAAUCUCACGUAGUUAUAUGUCCCAACUUUUGACGCGAACGUUGGAGUAAGCCAAAAGGACCUGUGCCCGCGGGCCGCAACCCCUUGUCGGCCGGUCCUAAAAUGGGGGGGUUUUUACAUCCGACGAUGGAAUGCCGAUGGGUAAAAGCAAUCUCGGAUGAUCUUGACAGCAUAUGCAGCCCAGUUGGGCUUUCUAGGUUAAUCCAUAGUCGAUUUCUAUGGGAUCUUCCAUAGCAGCUUUGGCUCCUGCUUGAGGGGCUGGCGACACACGUCACUAUUCUACUUGCAGAUAAAGCUUGCCGAUGGUAUAUCACAUCUAUCUAUCCGUAUCUGUUCCUUUUCUUGUCCGAGGUGGUUCGAAAGUAGACUCUAGACAAAAGGCUACGAGGUCCAGAAAUAACCGGGGUUCUCGUGUAUAGUGUCC